GCGCUCUGCAAGUCAACUUCGCGAGUUAGCAGUUCCGAGUUUUCUAAAUUAAUAGCCAUAACGUUACAGUCUUAAAUAUAUAUAUAUAUUUGUUUAAUAUGCGGACAUUCAAUAAGUUCGUAUUUUUUACAACAUAUGCAGUGUUAGUUUUUACAGGAUACUCUGCUGCAAUAUCAUCAGGUCCAACGUCGUAUCUGGCUCAGUAUGGAUACCUCCCGCCAGACGAUCCUGAAGGCCCCAGAAGUAUAAUCUCUGACGAUAAAUUCUCCAACGCUAUCAGGGAUUUCCAAAAGUUCAUGGGACUAACAGUCACUGGGGAGCUAGAUGAUGAAACCAAAGAGCAAAUGGCAAAACCACGUUGUGGGGUAAAGGACAAAUCACCUCCAAAUCCCGAUGGCCUUAGCAGCUACGAGUUGGGAGGAAGCAGAUGGAAAGUGAGGACUCUGUCUUACAAGAUCUCCAAAUACUCGACCAGAUAUCCUAGAGGAGAAACAGACCGAGCAAUUAGAAAAGCCUUCAAUCUUUGGUCAAAUGUGACUCCUUUAAGAUUCAUAAGGAAAAGAAGAGGACCUGUCCACUUUGACAUCAGAUUUGAACAAGGUAAGCACUAUAACGGUGACGAUCCCUGUGUUAAGUUUGAUGGCAGAUUCGGUACUCUAGCCCACGCUUACUCCCCCAUAAAUAGGGGAAGGAUACACUUCGACGACGCUGAAAACUGGAAUAAAGAUUCUGAAUCAGGAGUCAACUUUCUACAGGCGGCAGCUCACGAAAUCGGCCAUGCUUUGGGGCUUGAACAUUCCGAUAUAAAAUCAGCACUUAUGUUUCCCACGAGCUCAUAUCAACCAAAUGUUCAACUCCACCAGGAUGACAUCACAGCGAUACAGCGCCUCUACCCAAAUUGAGUGCUGGAUUCCACACACUAACAACAGUGAUAGCAGCUUAGGAUACCAUGAUGAACCAGUAUCUUUCCUACUUGCAAUCUUCUAUUAUUAUCAGCAACAAUGUUGAAUAGCAAAUACAUUUUUGUAAAAAUUUUUACGUAAAUUUAUUAAACUAAAUAAAGUACUUUGUACAU